AUGUACUCGAUCGAAAGGUUUCGACGUCCAACCCCUUCUCAAAAGUAUAAUUUUCCCAUGCUUCUGGCUCCCAAACCCGAAGGCUGGGAAGAUUUGCCCCCCCGCGGCCGUAGAUAUUCUACCAUCUUGCCGGGCCCAUCUUCUUUUCACGAUGCCAAAGCAUCGGCGCUGCUUUCAAUGUUUAGCUUGCACCCUUCACCCCUGAGAGUUCCGUAUUCCCUGGUGCGGCAUCCUUCAGGCACGGCCGGUUACCGAAACCGAGGCAAGGUAGAUGCAUUUUACUCCAUAACCCUGGAGGUUGCUUCCAGAUAUUGGCAUAUUAAACUCUGGAAGGACCAAACUUGGCCCACUUCGAAUCAACUCCGCAACCGUGUCCGGCGUAUGCUCGUAAACUCUGGAAAGGAUGCCCUGCAGCCGGUUCCUCAACGUCCCCAGAGUUUCAACCUGUCAAUAAAAGUUCUCCCGUCCGGAUGGGUUUUCAUUCCAGCAUCCGCCAGCACGGGUUUACAACUAGUUUCAGGUUGGUUCACAACCUCACCACCGUGUGAAGGCGGAAUGAGCAAACUUGUCCGGAAGUUAAGUGAAUGA